AGGAGCCGCCUGACAGCUGAAGAAAGAAUUGUACUAACCCUGAUCAAGUUAAAACACAACAUCUCAAACACAUUCCUUAAACACAUGUUUGGAUGCUCCCUCACGACAUGCACCAAUACCAUAACACAAACAAUUGGAAUUCUUGCUCAAAUAUUGUCAUCGGUUGUAAUGCUGCCAUCGAAAGAAGAGAUCGUGGAAAACAUGCCAACUCACUUCAGACAAUUCAGUAAUGUUAGAAUUAUUGUAGACUGCACAGAAAUACCUGUUUCCCAGCCAAAUUGCCUUCAGUGUGCACUGAGGUGCUAUUCUGUGUAUAAGAAGACAUUCACAUGCAAAUACAUGAUCACUGUAACACCGGGUGGUGUGAUUGCUCAUGUGACACAAGGUUAUGGUGGUCGUACCUCGGACAAAACUAUUUUUGAGCAAAGUAAACUCCUUGAUAACCUCGAUCCUGUGUCAGACGCAGUGAUGGCAGACCGUGGCUUCCUCAUUGAUGACUGUUGUGCAGAAAGGCUAAUUGAACUAAUUCGGCCACCUUUCAAGAAAGGGCAACAAAUGACAAAAGGUGAUGCUGUACGUACUCAGAAAAUAGCAUCAGCAAGGGUGCACGUUGAGCGUGUCAUUCAGCGCAUGAAAAUUUUCAAAAUUUUGUCAACAAGAGUUCCAUGGAGAAUGGUAGGACAACUAGAUAACAUAAUGACAGUGGUUGCAGGGAUCACUAACCUAUCAGCAUCUGUAUUUGCCCCCCACCGCUUUUUAUAGACACCAAGGGACAAUCUUUCUUUGGUACAGUUGAUGUGUCUGCAAUAUAGAACUGCGGUUGGGUUACCUACGUCAACAAGACCAAUAUAGUUUAAUUCUCAGUCUGUAUGCAUGUCUAAAUUAUGAAGCACCUAUUUUUUUGUAUUUACAGGUGAAAUUAACUUUCGUGUAACCUUUUCAACUGGGGCUCACGCUUUAUAUGGGGAUGUACGAACAUCAAAUUUUCAAUUGUGAAGUGAAUUCAAGUAAUGAAAACAAAGUGUGCAUCGAAUAUUUUUCUAAUAUCUUUGCAUACUAACAGUACAACUACCGACUUUGGCAAAAAAUUUUUUCACCAACCAGGCAUAAAAAAGCAAGUCUUGUGCAGCAAAUAACAUACAGGAAA